GUUACGUCCUGAACUACCGGAGAGACGCUCAUGUUCACGCUCACACUCACACUACUCGUCAACUGUCUGUCCUGACAAGACUGAGACAUCAGACGUCCGCGGGAAAUAUGGACCUUGAGAGGAAAAGAAAAAUGAAGGAGCAAUGUGCCCUGAGGAAGGACAUCAUCAAAGAGUUCCUGGCAGAAUUUCUGGGGAUAUUCGUAUUAAUACUCUUUGGAUGUGGCUCGGUGGCCCAGACGGUGCUGAGUAAGGGAGCUCUGGGAGAACCCCUGACCAUCCACAUCGGCUUCACUCUGGGGGUGAUGAUGGCCGUCUACGUGGCUGGGGGAGUUUCAGGGGCUCAUGUGAACCCAGCAGUCUCCCUGGCCAUGGUGGUCCUGGGCAAGCUGCCUAUAAAGAAGUUCCCUGUCUACGUGGCAGCACAGUUCCUGGGUGCCUUCGCUGGAUCUUGUGCUGUCUAUGGGUUGUAUUAUGAUGCCUUAAUGGAACACACAGGAGGAGUUAUGCAAGUUACUGGCGUCAAUGCCACAGCUAAUAUAUGGGCAUCCUACCCUGCCAAGCACAUCUCAGUCCUUGGAGGAUUCGUAGACCAGGUGAUAGGAACAGCUGCCUUGAUCCUGUGCAUUCUGGCCAUUAUUGAUGGGAAGAACAUUGGAGCUCCUAAAGGGAUGGAGCCACUGUGCAUUGGCCUGAUCAUCAUGGCCAUCGGAGURUCCAUGGGACUCAACUGUGGCUAUCCCAUCAACCCUGCCAGAGACCUGGGCCCAAGGCUCUUCACUGCUGUGGCCGGAUGGGGCAUGGAGGUGUUCCGUGCUGGAGGCUGCUGGUGGUGGAUCCCAGUAGCGGGGCCCAUGGUGGGAGGAGUGGUGGGGGCCGCCGUUUACUUCCUGUUCAUCGAGCUGCACCAUUCCGAGCCUGAGAAACAGGGGGAGAACAACGUCAAGGACAAAUAUGAGAUGGUCACCCUGAGUUAGACAGAAAGGCCAUGAGCCUCAAUGGUACUGAGGCUUGGCAGCUUCCUACCCCUUUAACCCUCAACAGGCUAAACAUUCACCUCAAUGAGGCCACACUUGACACAACCUUCUCCGCUUGCACUAGAGUCAUUUCCUCUGUCUAAGGGACCUGAGGUCAGGUCAGUCUCUGCACUCUCAUGGACAGGUCCGUGCCAGUUGAGCCAACACAUAAAAAACACAAACACGUAUGUAAUGUUAAAUUCACAAUCACAAGCUGAGAUCUCAGGCAUGUUUACUAGCCCAUGACAUCAUCAACAUCAGGUGUUCAGACUAUCCAUUCUACUCUGAGGAUAGUUCCUGAGUACAGUGAUUUUUAAGAAUUUAUAUUGCAUUUCUUGUAUAGGGCUACUUUUCACUGCAGGAGGAAUUUUCCAAGUUUGAAACCGUCUCAAUAUUUUCUCUUUCAGGCAGAGGCAAUGGUAAAUGUUAUUAACAACAUCAAUGGUAAAUGUUAUUAACAACAUCAAUGGUAAAUGUUAUUAACAACAUCAAUGGUAAAUGUUAUUAAAAACAUCAAUGGUAAAUGUUAUUAACAACAU